AUGGGCAUUAGCAAAUAUAACAUGCUUCCCCUAAGGGUGAGUGAUUUUUUGUAAAUACUUUACAGCUAGCCUAAUGAUGAUCAUAAUUGCCACUGCAUUAUCCACAUGUAAGAAUAUAAAUGUUUAAUCGGUUGACAUUUAAAUUAUUAGAUCUUUUAUUCAAUUAUUUGGAAGUUCAGCCAUUUUUAAUGCAGCACUCAUGGUUAUGUCUGAAUAUUUUAUUGAGCUGAUGGAAUGAGACCUUGUUUUAAAAUGAUUGUAUUGAAACGGCAAAAUGUGAAUAACAAGCAUCAUGCCGUUGCCUGAGGAAAACGCAGACGAGACUCCAUAUGCGCCGAAAGACGGUACGACAGCUUUAUACAAGAACACCCCGCUGAGUAGACGUCCCUCUAUACAAACGCCUUUCAUUCAGCAAACAUUCUUCAAGAGGGAAGCAGACUGCACUUUAGAUCUUCCUCACCACAAGAACAUUUAUUCAGUUUCAGAGAGUGCAAGUGGCUCAAAAUACGCCAGGAGAGAUACAGCAAGUGAUGCUACGGCCCUCAUGUAUUCGAACACAGCAGCCAAGCAUAAGUGUGAGCAAUGCAAGACUCAAGAGAGGGAUUUAACUGAGGAUUCCUCAUUAUCCCCAGUUUCAAAGAAGAACAGCCAGCCGACCUGCUUUAAUUCUGCAGACAUUGCUUAUAAACCCCAAAAGGAAGCGUUCGCUUUUCAAAAGCAAGAUGAAAGGCUUUCCUCCUCUACCUUUCAUGAUCUUCUUGAGUCCUCGUGGAUUUCUGCAAACUUGUAUUGCUCGAUGCUCCACUUCGACACAACUGAACAAGCCGUCUCUUUUGUGGAACAUCAAACGCCCAACAUGUCUGGAUCCACCUCAGCAGUUUCCUUUCUCUCAAUACCUGUUGUCACUGAAAGUGAAAGGCACAGUUGCUACAUUCCUAGAGGUAUCAAAAGACAACCAAGAAAUGAUCACUUUCAGUGCUGUGAUACAAGAUUCAGCUCUAGUCAAGUCCCUAGAGUAGCUAUGCGUGGCAAUAAACCAAACAAAUCUGGACAAAAUGAAGAUUUUGUCAGAGACACAAGGCCUAAUGGCAACAAAUUGGCUUUUGAAAGCCCUACAGAGAUUAACCCUCAUAAAAGGCUUGAAAUCCAAGAAAAUUUGAGUCUGAUGCACCCGCUGGUGAUUCAGGAUAUAAAGAACCAUACGCAAACUAUGCAAAGAGUUCUUCUUAGAGGAGCAUACGAAUGUCCUCUUGGACUGGCAGAAAGGAAUGAACUAAUGUCUAUUCAUGGCAAAUACCUUAUAUCUCAUCAACACUCACCUUUUGCGAAGUGUAAAGCCUUGGCUGCAACAGAAGCUCAGAUUUCUGCUCAGCUUGAUAUACCACCAGCAGCUUGUGAUGACUUUGAUGAAAGGAAAAUAGAAGAAAGGAGUGAGGAUCUGUAUAGUUUCCGUCUGAGGUUGCGCUGUCUGAGAAUGUGGUCCAAAAGACUCCGGUUACUCUCUCAAGCCUGCUGUCAUGAUAGAAGAAGGGUUUUAAACAAACUCUGCAUGUUCUGAGAUGGGCCGCAAAGAUGCAUUGUGCUCAUACAGAUGCAGUGGAGAGGAGAAGAAGUAAUUUCAUACUCUAUCAGAGUUUUUACCAGUGGAAGAAUCACUAUGAGAGCAACACAGACGCUUUAAGAAAACGACUCAUUCAGCCCAGCAGAACUAUGUUUCUGAUGACCACAUGUUCCACCUGGAGGAACCCACGUUUGCUCAGAACAGCUGUGAUUCAUUAUCAUCUAUCUGUACUGUAUAAGCACUGGCUGCUGUGGAGGCAGGUGUGUUUAAAUCGGUUCUCUAGGAGACAGCAGGAGAGGUGGGCAUGUGUGUGUUGGGUCAGACGACUCCGGAGCAAAGUCUGGACCCUGUGGAUAUUAACCUGGCAGAGAAACCAGCUGGCCACAGAUCAAUACAGAAUGCAUUUGUUAGCAUCAGCAUGGAAGAAAUGGAAGAUCCGUUACCAUCUGAACAAGCUGGAGAAGUUGAAGCAGUCCACUCAGAUAAGCAGACUUCUUCACUCCUUCCAUCGUUGGCAGAAAAGAGCAGAAUCCCGUCAAAGAGAGAGAGAAAAACAGUUUGUUUUGAGCCGGUGUUUAUCAGCGUGGAGAACACUGGUUCACCGCAGUGCGUUGCUUCUGCAUUACUGUUAUCACAGAAAGGUUCAAACACUCAAGACAUGCUUACAGCAGUGGAGGAGAUCUCUACAGCUACACGGUCUUCAAAAGGAGUUCCUCAUCCACCAGUUUCAUACUAGACAGAAAAACACAGGUUGUACGAUGGAAGUGUUCACAUGGAAAUCACGAUUUUCAGCGCAAGAACUAUCAUCCAUGCUACUUCUCCACAACACUCUUCAUAAGUGGACAGAGAUAUUAGAGAAACAACAUUUGGCACAAUCUCACAGAUCAGCUCAAGAUAGAGCUGUUAAGCGGGCUGUUCUUGUGGAGUGGUACAGACACACUCAGGCUGUUUUCUCUGAUGCAGUUCUGCUCUUCACAGCCAAACAUCAUCUUCAUCCAUCCUCAUCUUCCCCACCCUGUGCUGUAUCCACUGCAUUACCUCAGGGUUAUCUGGUAGAAUGUAAAACCUGCACAGCAGAAGAUGAUAGUUUGAAACGAAGUGUGUUGACACAUAGAGAGCAACACUGCCCUCUACAGGCCACAGGAUCACAGCACAGCCACAUAUCAUGGACCGCAUCAGAGGAGCACAGAUCAUUUAUCAGUAAAAUCUCUGAGGAAUAUAAAGACCCAGGAGAUGAGCGAAUGGCUCAUAGUUGUUUCUAUGAUCACUGCAGACUUUGCAGAUCAAAGGUUGUGCUACUAAGAGCCCUCGGCAGGAUGAUGCAACCUGAUCUGAGUCUGCCUUUUUCCCAGUGGAGGAGUCUAGUGCACACUAACAGAGAGAUGAGGCUACUGGGGGAUCUCUGUAGAAAAAACAGGAGAUGUAAAGAUCUGACUGUGGCGUUCAGGGUGUGGAGAGCUCAUACACAAAUACACUGCAGGGCUGUCCAGCACUGGGAAAGGAGGGUGAUUUUUCACACGGUCAUUCAAUGGAAAGUAAUGGUUUGGCAGAGAUGCAGGAAACGCGUGUUGGAACAGCACGCAACGCUUAACCAUGACACCAAUCUACUCAGACACAGCUUCUGUACAUGGACCAGAAUGGUCAUGGGGCCGCACUGCGAGCAGCAGAAGUGUGCUGUUGAACAGAUGGAGAGCAAAGCAGAGAGACACAGACUGAACUUGAGCUUCUCCACGUGGGUAACAUGUGUAAGCCAGCAGCAGACUGCCAGAGCCGUUUAUUUUCGAACAUUACAGAAGAGAGUGUUUUGGGCAUGGCUGAGGUGUGUGCAGGUCUGUAGGCAGAGGCAGGCGUCAGCUCUGUUCUUUUCACACUACAGACUCUUGCGUGUCUGUUUCUGUCAGUGGAGAAUCAUCUGUGCUCAGCAGCGGCUCUCCAACAGCAUACGACAACACAGACUCCACUUAAGAGUCAAAGUCAUCUUACAGCAGUGGAGAAAACAUGAAAACCAUCGGGCCCAUCGACAGGCUCUUCUGUGUGAGUAUGAUGAGAGGAGGAAGAUUGUCAUGAAGAGAAGAACAUUUCUCAUGUGGAGCCAGGCAGAGAAAUAUUUCAGAAGAUCUCAGAAUUAUCACCAAAGAGUCUUAAAACACAGGGUUCUGCUGGCAUGGUCCAGACACACGGUAUCAGAGCAAAGACUGAGGUACAGAGAGGCCUGGUUCCAGUACAGCAGUGAGAUGAGACUAUUGACUGCUGUAUUCAUGCAGUGGAGAAGAGCUCUGAUCCAGGGUCAGCAGAAGAUGUGUACAAUGGAGAGCCAGCUCAUCAUCUAUCAGAGAAGAGCUUUUCAUCGCUGGAGAACUGCUGCCACAGAAUGUAGAGCGAUUCAAACAUUGAACAACAGAUUACUUCACAAGUGGUUCAAGCAUUGGACACAUAGCAGGGAUUUGUUGAACGUUGCAGACAUGUUUUGUGUGAAGAAGGAAAGAAGUGAAGCCCGGUUAGCUCUAAGGAGAUGGUCACUGUGGGCCAAAGAGCAUAAAGCUCAGAGGCAGAUGGGGGAGGCUGUGAGUCUCUGGCUUGAGGGAAGAGGAGUAUCUAGAAGUUUCCAUCAUUGGGUCAGAGCUCUGUACCAACAAUAUCAGAAAGCUUCCCAACACAGACAGACACAGCUUUCACACAGAGCUGUGGAGAGAAGAGUUCAUGGACUGACCCAUCUGUAUUGGACCUGUUGGAAGAACCAAACUGAAGCAUCAUUGCUGUAUACACACCAAGUCAGUGAUCAACAUGAAUGA